CUAUUGACUCUGAUUAUUCAAAAGAUGUAUUAUUAUUUAACUUUCGUUUUGUGUGAAAUGGUGUUCUGAAUAGUGCCAAAAGUUGUUUUCCAAUCGUUGAAUAUCCGUUUUGUUUCUCAAAAAGUUCAUAUGUACAAGUACUCGAUUGAAUAAAAUGAAUAGGAAAAAUGGAGACCAAAUUAUGCAGAAUAUGUGGGCGACUAGGUACAACCCAUCAAGAUAUAUUCAAAUUAGAAGGUUUGAUACACAAAAUAGAAACUUGCCUUCCAAUAUUUGUGACACAGCAUUGCCUCUUACCAGAUACUAUAUGCGACGAAUGCUUGGAAAAUAUCACAAAGUUCUAUCAUUUCAUCAAAAACUGCCUACAAAAUAUCAUAAUUUUGGAAUCUCAGUACGAUGUCACAGAAUCUUGCUUAAAGUCAAGAAGAAAGCAUGAUAAAAGUUGCCUGGUGAAUAUUUCUGAACAUAAUAAAGCUAAAGAAACUCAAACUGAUGAUACAUACGAUAUAUUAUUUACAAAAUAUGAAGAAAAUUCAAAAAAUGUUAAGUUACCAAUUCAUGGUUGUGAUAAAAAUUUAGUUGCUUAUGAGGUUGAUUCUGAUAAUUCAGAACCUGAAAAUGAUUCUCCCAAUAGAGGAGUUGUUCUUGUAAAUAGGAGAAAUAAUAAGAAAAUUGAUGAUUUACUAAGUGAUCUCUUAAAUAAGACACCUUUCACUAAACAGUAUUUCGAUAACUUUGAAAAUAAUAUUAUAAAUGAAAUAACCCACAGAAGGGCAGUAAAAAGAAAGUUAGAAACGAUUGAGAACGAUCCAAUGAAAAUUUUUAAAGUUGAUAGUGGAAAUCGCAGGAAAAAUAAAGUACCAAAAAAAUUUCCCAGCAAUAUUAGUUUCCAAAAUAAUGGAAUUUCUGACUUUGUACAAGAAUCAAAUCAAGCUGAAAUCAAUGACAAAAAAAUUGGAAAUCACCUAGGAAUUGCUAGCUCCCAGAGUAUUACGACACUAGAUCCAAUACUACCCCAAAAUUGCCUUUUAUGUGAUGAAAAAUUAUGUGGACCUGCAGAACUAGCAACACACGUUUUCGAAAUACACAAUUUGGAUCUCAAUAAAACAAUGGAAAAUUUCUCUGAUAAAAAGAAAAAGAUUCCUAAUCUUUUGAAAAUAUCAGAUAUCAAGAGGAAUAGCAGUUCUGAUGACAAUCCAUAUGAUUCAAGUUCUCCCCAAAAUCAUCAAGCUGACUUCUCCUGUCAUAUUUGUACCUAUUCGUCUUUGACCAAAAAAGAUUUAUACCAUCAUUGUCAAUCAGAACAUUCUGCAGAAGUUCCACUUAUGUGUGGGAUAUGUUUCCAACCCAUGACAUCUCUCGUAAAUUUAAGAAACCAUCUAAAGAUCUGUGCUAUCGAGUAUCCUGUAAAAACAAGGUAUUUCUGCACUAUAUGUAAGUAUGGUGAGGAUGGAAUGAGAGAAAUGGAAAAUCAUGUUUUGAUACAUGAAUUUCUAAAGGACAGAUGCAACAAGGAGGUGAGGAUGUUUGAUCCGGCAGAUUAUGUUGAGCUUAAUUAUUCUUGUGAAUUUGGACCCGUUUCCCCAUCAUCUAAAAACCUAAGCUGCAGCUUAUGUUUUCAGUCAAACUUCCAGUCAUUUGAAGACUUCAGCAACCAUAGACGCAAGCAGCACAGUAAAUUCCAUUGCGACUUAUGCAACAAAUUUUAUGGAAGAAACUCUCACCUCUGGAAACAUGUCAAUCGACUGCACAAAAACCAUCCAAGCAUCACCUGUCAAAUUUGCCAAAAAACCAGUGCUUCAAAAUACCAUUUGGGACAACAUUUCUCCAAAAUUCAUUCUUCUAAACACACAAAAAACACUAACGAUAUGCUUAACACUGAUGACAUGAAUUUUGAAUUGGGGAAUGAUCAUUCUGUGUUCGGAAAGUACGAUUUUAUGAAAAGGGAAAAGAAAAGUACUUCUUCAGAAUUCGAUGAUAUCUCAAAUAAUGCAGCCUCAGAUCAAGAUAUGUUGGAUGAGGUUUUCGCAGCAAAUGUCCCAGUUCCUAAAGAGGUUGAUGCUUCUAGUCAUCUGUACACAAAUAUUAUAACAAAUUAUACACCUCCUCCAAAUGGGGGAGAUUUCAAAUGUCCGAAAUGUUCUAAGGGAUUCUCUAAGAAAAUAUUACUGAAGAAACACAAAAAAAACUGUAGGCCCAAGCUGCAAAAAGACCUUCUGACCCGUUGCAAAUCCUGCGCUAGGAUAUUCAAAGACAGACAAAGUCUGGCAAAACAUCUGGUCAAUUACCACUCUGAAUAUACUUGUGAAAUUUGCUCACAAAAAACUCAGAGUAAAUGUGAGAUAGUGUCUCACAUAAGAUUCACUCACCCUAAAUGUAAGCUCUUCUGUAAGAUCUGCGGAACCAUUUUACGUUCCCAGCAAAAUCUAGCAGAUCACAUUAAUGAUCACUCGAAUUCUUAUGUUUGUCAAUUUUGUGGAGACUCUUUACCUUCCAAAAUUAAACUGAAAAUGCAUAUUUUAAGUCUACAUAGGAAAAUCUUGAGUUUAAGCUGUGGUAUUUGUUUGAAGUUGUUCGAAAACCAACACAUCCUGAAAGACCACGUUCAGUUAGUACAUAAAAAUGAUCUCAGACCUUUGACCUCUUGUACUGUAUGCGGUAAAAACUAUGGCUCAAAAUGGAAAACCUAUGACCAUUUGAAUAAGUCUCACGGCCGCAUCUUCAAGGUUUGCAAAACCUGUUUGGAGGUAUUUAAUUCGGAAGAGGAGUUGAACUUACAUUGUGAAGAAAUGCAUUCUUUGAAUAAUCAAAAUAUAUCCAGCAUCAAACAAAGCACUUAUGUGAAGCAAGAAGCAGAAGAGAUUGACGAAUCGGAAAGUUGCAAAGAAGAAAUGGAAGGAGUGGAAGAAAUUGAUCAGCCCAGUGAUGAAACGUUCAAUAAUUUCACCCCAGACAUAUCUGCAGUAAAGAUAUCAAUGCUAGAAAAGAGGUUGAUGGGUAAAAAAAUAGAAAAAGAAGACACUUGCCCAAAAUUGGAAGAAAACAAAACCAGUGAAGAACAACCUAAGUUCCUUUCAAUAAAAUCAAAACUUGCGACAACAAAGAAAUCUGCAAAUUCGCCGAGAUAUGAAUAUGACGUUGCUCAACAAAGCAGUUCAAAGAGAACGGUUUAUGUCAAUAGUGAUGUUCCAUCACUUUGUGAGAUUUGUUUCAAAACAUGGCCGGCGAAAAAGCAUCUUUGGCAACAUUAUAUUCGUUGUCACAAAAGCGUUGCUGCUACAGUUUGUGGUAUUUGUUUGAAAACCAACGUGGACUAUGUAACUUUACAGGAACAUCUUAAACAGAACCAUCCCACCUUGCUUCAUGGACAAGGUUUUGGCUCGAACUUUAUAUGUAGAGUUUGCGGAAGAUACCAUAAUGCAAGCUCCAAGUUGAAAUUACACAUGGCAAUACAUGAAAAUUUCAAUUGGUCUAUAUUAGAAACUACAAAUGAUGGUGAAAAGAUGUUACAAAGAACUGAAGAUAACGAAACAUACUUUGAGAGCUUGAUAGAACAAGUAGAGUGUUCUUCGAACGAAGAUGAAGAAACAGAAGAUGAGCAUAAAGUAGAAAAAGAGGGUAACGAUGAUUCAAGUAGUUCAGAAAUAAAUGAUAGUGACAGCGAUUCUAUCUCUGAAGAUUCUAACAGGAAUCAAAACGAUACUAAACAACACUAUCGAAACAAUUCCUCUGAAAACUAUGGAGAAGGAGAUAUGAUAAAUAAAAAUAAUGAAUGUUCUCAGGUUACAACGGAAUUCCAAAGUACUGAAAGUGACAAUUCAAGUUCUGAAAGUUGCAGCAGUGAAGAUGAAGAUACAGUUGGAGGAAAUGAGGAGAGAUCUAAUACUACAUCCUCUAAUGAAGUCCUAAUAGUUAACGGUUUUACUAAUUCUAGUAGUAAUGCAAUUGUAGUGAAUUCCAUGGGUGAUUCUUUACCAUUUGAUGAUAGUGGUUUGUUAGGUUUUAAAACAGAAGAGUUAGAUUCGGCGGUGAAAAGUAUCAGUCUAGAGUGUGGGACACAGGUUAAAGAAGAUUCGGAUAUAGAAUAUUGUGAAUUAUCGAUGGGCACUGCUUUGAAUGAUGGAGAAAUUGAGUCUGCUGUAGGAAGCAUAUUGUGAACUUUGAAACUUGAAUCAAUCGAGUUCUUAAGAAUUACUUAGAUGUAUUUGUUGAUGUAAAAUUUUCCAUUAUUUGAUCUAUCAAUAAUCUUACUAUGCCGCA